CCAGUGGUCAAGUGCAUCCAGUCCACGCUUCAUCAGGACUUUUCUGUUUCAUAUUUCCUCCUGGGUGCAGGGACCAGUCCUCUGGAACCCUAAGCCCCUAUAGAUUAAUGGCUUCUGGAGCAUCUACCUUGCUUAGCCUGUCAGGCCCCAUUGAUCACAUGACUGAGGGCAAAGGUCCUUCUCUGAGCCCUUCAGUUGAGAAGAGAUGGAGACUCAUGGAACCCAAGCCAAUCCAGCCAGGGCUGCUCAAGAAAACGGAUCUCCUGGACUCUGAAACUGCCACAGGUAAGAGUCGCCAAAGUGCAGCCUGUAGUGAACUGAGUCUGUCAACAGCACUGAGCAAGCCUCGACUGGACAGGCCUCUGGCCUGCAAGGCGUACAUGGAGCAGAGGCAGAAUAUCUUCACAGAGCUGUCAUGUCUCCAGGAGAGGCCAGGGGGCAAUCAGGCUCAGAAGAGGAAGGCAGAGGACCUAGAAGGCCAGCUUGGUGCUCAGCAGCUGCCCUUGGGUCUUGCCAGAGCCUCAGUGGAUGGCACAGUGUGCUCAGUAUGGCCAGGUGCAGCCAGGAGUGAGCAGAAAAGUGCUUUCCGCAAGCCAGCCAAGCGCCCAGCAGAGAAACCUAGGCGCUCCUCCAUGUUUCUGGCUGGUGGAGGUGCGGAGGGCCCAUGGGAGCUCUCGGGACUUGUUGCCACUGUGGACAUCCCAUGUUGGGCUCAGCUGUCGACUUUCAAGCUCAUGGGUGAUUUCUGGAAAUUACACACAUUGUCACAGAACAUUCUACUCUGUAGUGCUUUCCAGGGAGUUCCCACGCCAUGGCUGGAGCACCCCCAGGUGCAAGCACCCACAUCCUCAGCGCCUUCUGCCACGGCCUCUCGGGCUCUCUUGCCACCCACACUCUCCUCCCUGGGCUUGUCUACUCAGAACUGGUGUGCAAAGUGCAACCUAGCCUUUCGUCUGACGGCUGACCUGGUCUUCCACAUGCGGUCCCAUCACAAAAGGGAGUACACAAGCCCCGAUCCACGUUCUAAGAAGCGACGAGAGGAAGUUCUCACUUGCCCUGUUUGCCGUGAGCAUUUCCGGGAACGUCACCAUCUUUCCAGGCACAUGACUUCCCACAGUUAGCAGGUGGCUGUGGAGGAAACCGAUGGCCAUAGUAUCCAAUGCGCAGUGGCGAGGCAGAGGCACAGGUGACUCCUAGCCUGGGCUGAGAAAGUUGUCGCAUGUGUCUUCAAGGCUGUUCCCUUUAUUUCCCAGAGAUGAACGUC